UUCUCUGUGUUGGUCGCUGCUGGUGGUGGAGGAGGGGUUGCUAGUCAACGACGUUACGCAGACUAGCUGAAAUAACUUUAAAUGCUUGUUUAAAGUGGACAAAGUCGCCUUAAACUCAGUUAUAUCAUUGACACGGCUGUGAUAAAGCUAGCAGAGACUAAAACGCUUCUUCUGUGAGAGGAAACGAGAAGGAAAAGAAACAGAGAAACAGAGGAGGAAAUCCCCCGAAAGGAAAUGCCAAUCGCAGCCACUGGACAGCCAACAACCCAGGAGCCCAGAGUCUGCCCCCGGCUGCCCUCCACCCCGGAGCCGGUCCCUAAAGGGGCUGAUUUAUUCGACGAGGCAGCAGCAGCGGGGGCGGCGGCGGAGUCGGCGGAGCGAACAGAGUACGGGGCCGCGGAGGGGGCCAGAGGACUAGGAGGACCAGGAGGACUCGGGGGCUAUAGUUACCAGAGCCAGAGCGGCGCUAGGGGCUUUCUACAGCCCGGAUCCACUACCGGCUCUCCGCCGCAGUCUCCAGCCGCGUCCUCCUCUUUUCUCUUCCAUCCACUCCACCACCCACACCACCACCACCUCCACCACCAAAUGGCCAUGGAGCCCCCAAGGACUCGAUCGCGUUCUCGGUCUGGAUAUUACCAACAGUACGGUGGUGGGAACGGCAAUGGGAUUACCAGCAGCGGAGGAGUCAUGGGAUCUAACCAUCACCACCACCAGCUCCACCACCAGCAUCAGCACCAUCAGCACCACCAGCAGCAGCAACUACAUCCACAGCAGCUCGGUGCCGGUUGCGCACCACUUGGAGCUCACAGCAGCCACCCGGAGAGCCAGCAGCAGCGAGCCCCAGGAAGUAACGCCUCUCCCGGCAUUCAGAGGCUGUCUUCGGUUCCCGGAGCGCACCGCAUCCCGGCGGCAGGAGCCUCUGGCGGGUCCUACCACUGCCACCCAGAUCAUGCAUAUGGAGAGGAGAGUGAUAAGAGUGAGGAAAGCCCCAGUCCAAAGCGCCAGAGGCUGUCCAGUCAUACUGUCUUGGAACAGCUAACCUCAUCCGCCCCUCCGCCAUCCACCCCAUCUCCCCCAAUCCGCCCCUGGGAGUCAGGACCCCCAAGUCGGAGACCGCCUCACCCCCACACGCACUACCACCAGGAGAGAUGCCUCACCCCUGCUCGGCACAGACGCAGCCCGCCAGCAAGGCGUCAGCGCGGCCGUCUCUCCAGGCCCACCCGUCACCUCCCUCCCCAUCACUACCCCUCCACCCAAGGCCCCGCGCCUCGCCUGUCGCCAUCGGAUCACCAGGAUGAAAACUACCACCACAACCCCCACCCUCCCACACACCAGACAUACCCAACACACACACCCAGCGCCUACGGUCAGCCUCUCGCAGCCGGAGGCGGCGGGGCAGCUUUGGAAGAGCCCCGAGCUUUCCACCCUCCUACCUUGUCGCCACGACUACUGCACCCGGCUGCCCACCAUCAUCACCUUCACCAUCAUCAUCAGCAACAGCAUCACGCUACGCAACAGCAGCAAGGAGCCAUGGUGAUGGACUUACAUGAACAGCUGCAGCAGGCCAGUGUACCGGUCUCCUACACAGUAACCCCGGUCCCUCCGCAUAGUCUCGCAGCACCUCUGUGUAGCGGCCAGCACCUUCCCCCUACCUGUUCCUCCCAACAACAACUCCCCGCCUGCAGUGUGGUCUUCAGCACUGGACAACACUACCACCCGAUGCUACAGGCUUGUUCGAUGCAACAUUUGCCGGUGCCCUAUGCCUUUCCCUCGCUGCUGUCCAGCGACCCUCAGUUCCUGCUUCCUCAUCCACCCCACCUCUCUCACCACCCGCCCCACCUCCCCACACCCGGACAGUUCCUGCCUUUCCAGGCGCAACAGCCACGAUCGCCCUUACAGAGGAUCGAAAAUGAGGUUGAGCUUCUGGGAGAGCAGCUUUCAGUAGGUGGAGGCUUCAGCUACGCCCACCAUCACCACCACCACCAUCACCACCAGCCUCCCUCCACCCUACCGCCCUCCACACCACUCCAGUUCCUCUCGCACCACGACCCCCUGUCGCAGGAGCUCUUUACAGUGCCCUAUCCACACUUUAUGCCUCGCCGAUUCACAAGCCGGCGUUACCGUUCUCCACAGGCUGUGCCGCCAUCACCGUACCACCCCAGCUUCCUGCCUUACUUCCUGUCUAUGCUUCCCGUGCCCCCAAAUGUGGCGCCUACUAUCAAUCUAGAGCUGGAUGUGGACGACGGAGAGGUGGAGAACUACGAGGCCCUGUUGAACCUUGCAGAACGCCUCGGGGAGGCCAAGCCCCGUGGUUUGACUAAGGCUGAUAUAGAACAGCUUCCGUCAUACCGGUUCAACUCCAACAACCAUCAAUCUGAGCAAACACUGUGUGUGGUGUGCAUGUGUGACUUUGAGUCUCGCCAGCUCCUGAGGGUCUUGCCCUGUAAUCACGAGUUCCACGCCAAGUGUGUAGACAAGUGGCUUAAGGCUAACAGAACCUGUCCUAUCUGUCGAGCCGAUGCCUCUGAGGUCCAGCGGGAUUCUGAGUGACCUCAAUUCAACGCCCAACACCCACAACCCCUGACUCCCUUUUGGAUGCACCAACCAAUCAGUGAACUUCUCUACUCCUAUCAUACGCUUCCUCUCACACAUUCUGCCACAUAACUGGGACCAGUGCUCCUUAUUCCUUCACUCUUUAUCCCCCCAGGACACUGAACAGUAAUUCUCACCUGGGGUCAGCAACUUUCUACUGACUCACGCUCACUUUAUCGCUGGACUUCCUCGGCCUUCUGUUACACCUCUACUACUCUGCCUUCUGCUCAUGGUUACCCCCCUUACUAUGAAUGGCCUUUGAAACACAUACACACAGUGUCAUGUGCAGGUGGACAUAUACAGUAUAUGUGUAUUUUUUUAAAACUCAUUAUGAGCCCUGGACAGAAAACAAAGAAAAACGUCUGUAUAGUUGUACUAACAAACAUUUAGGGAGACCUGGCAGUCCAAAGAUUAUGAUAAUUUCAUUGUUCUGGUUAUAAUUAAGCAUUCACAUCUCAGCUUGCAGAGACUGUCAUUUCUACUAGACUCAUUAUAAUUACAGUUGAACAGUAUCAGUUCAUUUUAAUUUCUGUAUAUGUAUUCUUGCAUUCCUUGGCGUGAGAGCAGCCUGUAACAAAGAUACUGUACACUGUG